GUAGCUGUCGCCGCUGACCACACACCCCGCGUGGGCGGCUACUCCGGCCGCAGAAGCGGGAGACGCGGAAGCGGCGGGUGGCCCCGGGGGGGGAGGGAGGGGAGAGGCUCGUGUGGCUCCCUCCUCCUCCGACUACUCGAUAAAGCGGAAGGGAGAGAGAGCGAGAGGAGACAGUACGCACACAACACGGCGCCAGACGAGGCACAAGCCGCCUGGGUCCUCACAGCAGCAGCAACAGCAGCAGCAGAAGCAACAGCAGCAGAAGCAACAACAACAGCAGAAGCAACAACAGCAGCAGAAGCAACAGCAGCAGCAGAAGCAACAGCAGCAGAAGCAACAACAACAGCAGAAGCAACAACAGCAGCAGAAGCAACAACAACAGCAGAAGCAACAACAGCAGAAGCAACAGCAGCAGCAACAACAACAGCAGCAGGGACGUGCCGACAUGCCGUACCGCGAUCGCGAGGGGAACGUGUGUGGCUUUUUGGACCUUGAGGAGACCGAGGGCAGCAGCAGGUUCUUGCGGCGAUUUUUCCAGUUGGACGUUACCACCAACACACUGAGAUGGUACAUGGACAACCCACAGAAUCUUCCAGAUGGCACUGGUCCACUGGGGAACCUUAGCCUCCCUUAUAUCUCUUUGGUUUCAGAUGCUUGCAAACUCAGGCCAAAGGUGGAGAACUGUUUCGUGAUAACCGCCAUCAAGAGGAAGUUCUUUCUGCAGGCAAACGAUGACCGAGACCUGGAGGAGUGGGUCUCUGAGCUAAACAACCUUUGCAAGAUCACGGUGCCUCGACAAUGCUCAUCCCAGCUGGACAGCACCGCGGGCCGUCUGGAGGAAAAGGGUGGCCUCCAUCCGCACCACGGAGCCAAGAAAGCCGGGCCCUACAAGACCGAGGUGAUUGGAGGUGUGGUCAUCAAAUCACAGCUCAGCCAGGAGGAUGAGUCACAGGAAUCUACAGACCGCGGUCACGGAAGGAGGAACCGUUACUCAGCCUCCUCCCUCCCGGCCAUAAAGUCGGGAUACUGUGUCAAGCUAGGAGCAGUGAUGAAGACCUGGAGGAGAAGAUUCUUUGUUCUCAGCGAGCAUUCGUUGAGUUACUACAAAUCUGAGCAGGAUAAGGAACCCCUGAGGUUGAUUCAUCUGAAGGAUGUGAAGAAUGUAAAGCAGUGUGAGCUUGGAGAGCAGAUGAUGCGGGACAAUCUAUUUCAAGUCGUCACUUCAUCCAGGACCUUCUAUGUGCAGGCCGAUAGCCCCAACGACAUGUGGGACUGGAUUCAGGCGAUCAGGAGGGCUUGUGGUAUCACUGGUCGCCUCACGUCCACGGAAUCGGACCCUGGCGUGCAUCCCACGAGCUGGGCAGACCCGGCCGCCACGACGGAGGAGCACGCCGCCACGCGCUCGCUCGCCCCGGCCAGCAUGCCACCGCGCAGCGUGUCGCUGGGCUCGGAGCACAGCGAGGCGUCGCAGGGCGGCGCAGAGAGCGAGCAGCAGUCGAGCCAGGCUGCCGAGUCGGGCUCGAGCCCGGGUUCAAACCCCCCAUACAGGUUUAACUGGGACCUCCUGGAUAGCCUCAGAGCUAGCGUCGUUUAAGUUUACGAUUGAAGUUACGAUAAGUUGUACACGUUGCUCCGCAUCUAGGUCGGCCUUAUGAAAGAGGAAGAUUCAAGUAAAUUAGCGUUCGGUAUUAUGACAUUGUUUCUUAAGUGGCAUGGUGAAUGCAAAUGAGAUGUUUGAUUUGCUAUAGAGUACCCAGUGCAUGUUUUACAAAGUCUCGUGCUUAAUGCCGCUAUGAAAACCAUUAUAAGUCAUUAAAUUGCAUAAAGGUGAUUUUUUUUUAAAUAUGGGACCCAUAAUCCACAGAAAAUUCAAAUCAGUUUUGCGUGUUGAUUUUUAUGCUUAUGUUUGUUUUCACAUGCAUUCUAACAUGUUGUUGCUAAUGUUUAUUAUGUCACGAAUUGAAAUUAUUUACUUCUUCAUAAAUGUAUGCAUAUUUCAUCAAGUAGUGUUACAUAUACCAAAUACUUUUAACGCAUUUAAUAGGUAAUUUAACAGCAUAACUUGUGCUCUUAGACACCGUACUCAUUAACUAAACGCCUAUGCAAUUUUGUUGUAUGUUGAUUUCAUUUUACUUUUACACCCUAUCAAGAUUGUGCACGUUAUUUAGUGGGGUUUCUGUGAUCAAAUCACAAAUUCUGCCAUUAUCAACGGAAUUUGUGAUAUGUUGUAAAACAUGUCACACUGUAAAUGUGCAAAUCGAGUGACGUUUUAAAUUUUCAAAGAUGAAAAAUAAUCACCUACUCAUAACAACAAUGACUUCACCUUGUGAUGUGCCGAAGAGAGACAAUUACCCUAUGGCGUAAGGAACCACAGACAAGUGGGGAAGGCAGCCAGGUGACAAUUUUCUCCCCAAAGUUCUGCAGUCCUCUAUAUAUUAAGGUGUUAUCAGCCAUUUGAUACGCGCUUAUACACGCGGGAGGAGACUGGAGCACCUGCAGAAAACCCAGGCAUGUGAGGGAGUAACACUCGAUCCCAAACGGAACGGACAGAAAUGAGUUGCCGCCUCCUCCUGGCAAGCCAGGAUAUGGCAUCAACUCGACGCUCAUGGAAGAGGAGUUUCACAACAUUUGCGUGACCAACCAACUUUCUCCUUCACAGUGCUGAAAGGAGAGGGUUGGUUGAUCACACAAUAAACAUUUUCUUAACAAGUGCAGGUAAAAUAUGAUAAUUGUUUUUUUACCCUUCUGUCUGGCAACAAAACUGACACCUUUUUACAAGGAGUCA